GCCGGAGCCGGAUUUUCGGAGGCAAUCAACCACAAUUCAGUAAAUCGUCUCUCGUCGUAGAGUCAGUCGUGGUCGCUCGGCCGAUAGAAGAAUGAUGCAGCAGCCACUGGCAAGCGUUACGUGCGCCGUUCUAAUUAUCCGUCUGCUCGGUACGGCAGAAUGUGGCAACAUUCUGGUGCUGAUGAGCGUCGUCUCACAGAGUCACUUCAUAUGGAUACGUCCCGUUGUGAACCGUUUGGCUGAGAUGCACCACAAUCUAACGGUGUUGUCGGUGAACGUGGACCCAGCGCCUCCACCAAACGUGACCUACAUCCAUUUGGAGAAUAGCUACAACAUCCUGUACGGCAAUGGGACGGCGGCCAAGAAUGACAUACUGAAGCGUUCGAACGAAAUGGCUAUCGAUGCCACGAUCUCAUUCUACCGUUUUGGACUGUUGGGCUGUGAAGGUGCCAUCACAUCGAACGGCUUGAAGCAGCUUCUCCAGUAUCCGGACGAUUUUCGGUUCGAGCUCAUCAUCUAUGACUUCACCUGUGGACCGUGCACUUUGGGCUUCUUGCACAAAUUCCGCUACCCACCACUGGUUAGUGUGACCGGCUUUGGAGUGCCACAGUUUACACACCAGCUGGUCGGAGGUCGUAAGGAGGCCUCUUACGUGCCACACUUUACCCAACUCACCGAUCGUCCCAUGCCGUUCGGGCAGCGGUACCUCAACUCUCUGAUCCACACGUUUGAUGCGUUCUACAGGCGGUUCGUCUUCCUGCCACGGAUUGCUCGGAUCGCCCAGAGUGGUUUCGAUUUUCCGCUCCCUGAGCUGGCGCCACUCGAACGCAGGACGCUGCUUAUGCUCACCAACUCCAACCCGGCACUCGAUCCAGCCGAAAGCCUUCCACCGAACGUGAUCCCGGUCGGUGGGCUACAGAUCGUCGCUCCGAAACCGUUGACGGCGGAGUUGCAGAAAUUUAUCGACGAUGCCCCGAAAGGGGCCGUACUGUUCGCGAUGGGCACCAACUUUCGAAGCAAAAUGUUUACGGUCGAACGGCAGUUGAUGUUCCUCGAGGCGUUCGCCGCCCUGCCGGAGUAUCACAUUCUGUGGAAGUUUGAUGACGAUCGGUUACCUCGGCGAGCGAGCUCGAAUGUACUGAUCCGGCCGUGGCUCCCGCAGAACGAUAUACUGGCGCAACCGCACGUCCGAGCGUUUAUCAGUCACUGUGGACUAAUGAGCACACAGGAAGCGACGUACCACGCGGUACCGAUCGUUGGUAUUCCGAUCUACGUCGAUCAACACUUGAACCUGCAUCGCACGGUACAAUCGGGUGCCGGUGUGAAGCUCGAUUUGGCGACACUCACUACAGCCAGCAUCGUCGGUGCCCUCCGAGCGGUGCUGGAAAACGCCACGUACCAGCAGGCGAUCAAUCGACGAUCGGCGCUGUUUCGCGAUCAACCCGAGCGGCCACUGGAUCGGGCCGUUUGGUGGAUCGAAUGGGCGAUACGACAUCACAAAGAGGACCGUCUACGGGCGGCUACACUCGAGAUGGACGCAUUCACUGCCCACGGUUAUGACGUGCUAGCGUUACACAUCGUUCUUUUGGCAACAGUGAUCGGAUUGGUCCUAAAGGUGUUUUCCCGGUUGCGCCCAAAAAGGCACAUCGUGGGUCACAAAACCAAAGUGUCGUAACCAUUGGAAGUGGUUAGUGGU